AUGGACCCUUCUGUUCCCGCUGCUGCUGCCCCGGUCCCAGCCCUGGCCCUAGCUCCAACCCCUGUGCAGCGCCCCCGGGCACUCCUUGACCUAUUAAGUCCAUCGCCCCUUGUCUCCUCUGGACAACGAGUAGGUGGCAGAGAAAGAGGAGCUUGUCUCUGGAGGCCCUGGCUGUCCUCUACAAGUGACCUGCCGGGGCAGGUGAGGAGACCGGUAGAUUCGGCUACUGGUGGGCCAACAGGGGCUGAAGUCACGAAGGCUGACCCUGAGUUCCAUCACCCCGUCAGGCUCUUCUGGCCUAAAGCACGCUCCUUUGACUACCUGUACAGUGAUGGGGAGAUUUUACUGCAGAACUUCCCCGUCCAGGCAACCAUCAACCUAUAUGAGGACUCAGACAGCGAAGAGGAGGAAGAGGAAGAAGAAAAGGACAAAGAAGAGGAGAAGAAGAGGAGACAGACGAAAGGGGGCUGGAAGAGUGUGUGA